AAGAGAAAAAACAAUUAAAAUCUCCCCCGCCCAAACCCAAAAAAGAUUCCGUGUCGCUGUCAGUGUGUGAGGCCUUAACAUCAUCUCCCCCACCACCAUCACCAAUCACCAUUCUUCCCACUCUCUCCUCUAUCAUCCUCACCUCAACUUUCUCUCUCCUCCUUCCAUAGCCGUCGAGCUUCAGAAGAGAUAGAAAAUCGCCAUUUUCGAACUUCUUGCACUAAGAAUUGACGCCAAGAUUAAGAACUAGAACUUGCUAAUUUCUCAGAUCUGCACUUUCCAAUGGCUUCCACUAAAGAACGUGAGAACUUCGUCUACAUCGCUAAGCUCGCCGAGCAGGCUGAGCGCUACGAUGAAAUGGUGGAGGCGAUGAAGAAACUUGCGAAGCUUGAUGUGGAGUUGACAGUAGAGGAGAGGAAUUUGCUUUCAGUAGGGUAUAAGAAUGUGGUUGGAUCACGACGGGCGUCAUGGAGGAUACUGUCGUCGAUUGAGCAGAAGGAGGAGGGCAAAGGAAACGAGCAGAAUGUGAAGAGAAUCAGGGAGUAUAGGCAGAAGGUGGAGUUGGAGCUUACUAACAUUUGUAGUGAUAUCAUGACUGUUAUCAAUGAGCAUCUCAUUCCUUCAGCAACUGCUGGUGAAUCCACCGUCUUUUAUUAUAAGAUGAAAGGGGAUUACUAUAGGUACCUUGCAGAGUUUAAGUUCGCUAAUGAGAGGAAAGAGGCUGCUGAUCAGUCCAUGAAAGCAUAUGAGAGUGCCACCACAACAGCUGAGGCUGAGCUACCUCCUACACACCCCAUACGCUUGGGAUUGGCUCUCAAUUUCUCAGUGUUUUACUAUGAGAUUAUGAAUUCCCCUGAAAGGGCCUGCCACCUUGCCAAGCAAGCUUUUGAUGAAGCUAUCUCAGAACUUGACUCUCUAAAUGAGGAUUCAUACAAGGAUAGCACCCUAAUCAUGCAGCUUCUUAGAGACAAUCUCACCUUGUGGACUUCUGACAUUCCAGAGGAAGGAGAAGAGAUCGUGAAGGCAGAUGGUGCAAAAGCACAUUCUGGUGAAGAAGAAAAGUGAAGAGCAUUGGUACUCGUCAUGAAUGACAAACUUGGGGUCGUGAUUUAGUUUAAAAAAAAGUAGAGGACGAAUUGGUUCUUUCUUUUCUUUUGCUUUUCAUAACAUGGCAUUGUGCCUUGUGGGCUACUAGGGGCAUUGAAACACACAGAUUUGCGAUAGUCCUCCAAUUUGUGUCCACAUACUUCUCCCCAGGCAGCCCUGGAAGAUAAGGUUUGAUUAGUGGCUGAUGAUGCCAUGAACCAGUUUCGACCAUUUGUUGUAUUUUUUAAGAUUGAGAACUGUUUUUUCUUUUCUUCUCUUCUCUUCCCAAACGAUAUUCUCUAUUGGCAUACAUCUUGGUAUGUAUCUGACCUCUUAAAAUUCAUUAUGGCUACUGCGUUGGUGACUGAGUCCCUAAA